UAGCCAACACGAUCUACAGUAGAAAAGAUUAGGGAUGAUUAUCCUCCCUCGCUGCGUCUGUUUCUUCACUCUCUCUCUCUCUCUCUCUCUUUCUCUGACACCGGCGGCAGGACAGGGCAGAGAGGUAGACUUUCAGCUCUAGCCCACAAACACGCAGUGAAACCGUAGACGUCCCCUUAUGCAUUUUUAACAGCUCAGCAGAUGAUGGGAACAGUUUGGUUGGGACGCUUUGUUCAAAGAUACAGAGGCUCCGAGUGACCAGCUGUAAAUGUUGUUUCCCCGUCACUCUCAAGCAAAGACAGGGAGGUACUCUGCUACCUGAGGAGGAGGGCUUGCCCCUCGGCACCUCGCUGAACGUCCAUCAGGCCCCGUGAAGGAUAUUGAAAGAAGCUUGAGGUGCAAACAGGAGGACAUUUGGGUUUGAUUUAGGAAGAUUCGCCUCGGGACGUUGCCUCUUCGGGCAGAGAUUUGGUCGGUAACAACGGGAAUGCCCGGCUCCAGCAGCGUCAACGUGGAGGGCUCCUGUGAGGCCCUGUGUCGAACCCUGGUUUCUCAGAAGGGCCUGCAGAGAGAGACGGCAGACAUCUCCCAGUCCGUCCUCUAUACGUCCCUCAUGGGCCUGCUGCUGGUCACCGACAACGAGAAGGAGCCGCUUGCUGUCGGAAGUGGGAGAGUUGGCCUUAGAAACAUCGGGAACACAUGCUUCCUGAAUGCAGUGGUCCAGUGUUUGUCUCACACACGCGUACUGCGCAACUAUUGUCUCCUAAAGUCUCAUAAGCAGGAGAAGUUUUCAAAAGAGGAGGCGAAGCUGAUGGAAGCUUUCUCUCAGGUGCUCUCGGGCCUUUGGGAUGUCAGGGAAGGAGACGCCGUUGUUAAUCCUCGACAGUUUUACAGCGUCUUUAAAGAAGCAGUGCCUUACUUCAGUGGUUACAGUCAGCAGGACGCUCAGGAGUUUCUCAGGUUCCUUCUGGACAAGCUGCAUACCGAAAUAAAUCGCAGGCCUUAUGUCAAAAGAACAGGGAAGGAGUCUGACCAGAAAUGCGUCAGAUUUAGAAUUUCAGAAGAGGCCAAUGUCAUGUGGAAGAAGCACCUGGAGAGAGAUGACAGUAUAAUAGUAGACAUUUUCUCAGGCCAGCUGCGGAGCUCCCUGCACUGCUCGGUUUGCUCGCAUUACUCCAACACGUUUGAUGUGUUCUGCGAUCUGUCGCUGCCCAUCCCUAAGAGGAGCUGCAGAGGGGAGGUCUCCCUGCAGGAGUGCCUGGACCUCUUCUCUCAGGAGGAGAAACUAGACAAGGAAAACUCACCAAUGUGUGAGAGGUGUAACAGGCGUACCGAGUGCACCAAGCGGCUUUCCAUCCAGAGGUUUCCUCAGGUCAUUGUAAUCCAUCUGAACCGUUUCACAACAUCCAGAUGGUCUAUCAGUAAAAGCACAGUGUAUGUGUCCUUUCCCCUCAAAAACCUGGACCUCGGACCUUACGGACCAGUUGACUGCGGCCCAGUUCUGUACGACUUAUAUGCAAUCUGUAACCAUGCUGGGACCGUGAACAUGGGCCACUACACGGCCUGCUGCCUGGAUGAAAACGGAUGGUGCUUCUACAAUGACUCCAGCACAACCCCGCUCACAGAGAGCCAGCUUCAGACAAAUCAAGCCUAUGUCCUGUUCUACCAACGCAGCAACAGCACCGCCACAGUCAGGAAAUAGUCCUGAAGAGGCAGCCGAUCGGAGCCACCUCGCCUCCGGUGUCCAAGGAAACUAAUAGAAGCACGCGGCAGUUUUAUAGCCAUGACAUCAGCAGUGUAAAAACAACUUCUCAAUCUCAAUGAACCUUUCCUUACGCUUUAAAGGAGAGGGAGAGAGAAGGCAUGUUCGGUCUAACGGGGCUUUAACGCUGACCGUGCUGCAGAAGCAUCUGGGUUCAGUUAUAGCCAGGCAGUCUCUGCGUGGCUGCUCUCUGACAGGAGUGAGAGCGUGAUGAAUACGAUGCACGUCUUCAUAAAGAAGGGCUCUUACUGUGCGAUCAUAUGUACGAUGUAAGAACCGUAUAUUAGUACAUCAUCAAUCAUGUUCGCCUUUAUGAACCCUAAAAUAAAACCGAAUGGAUAACAUAUGAUUGUUAGAAAUAGAAACGGGUCGUGAUUUAUGAGACGGAACUGUGUGCAAAAAGGUGAAUGACACCUUGAUGAUUGUUGUAAAUAAAUUCUCAUGAACCUUUUAAGUGGUCACGCAUUAAAGCAUAACUUUUUGAAAGAUA